AUGGAGCAGCCCACCCUGAGCAGCGCAACCAACCCGCUGAUCGACGCGCUGGUACUGCAACAUCUGCAGAAGCGUUUUCCGCAGUCGGCCGAGUGUCUGCAGCGCGAGCUCGCCAGCCGCGACGCCGCUGCGGCCGCGCCGCCGCCGACCAACCGGCACGCGCUGCUGAUGCUCCUCGCUCCACCAGGCGACGAGACGCCGCUGUGGGCGACGGCGUACGCCGAGGUGCGCGACUGGGUGGACGGCGCGCUCGACACGGAGGGAGCGAGGUACAAGCCCGAGCUCUCGCGGCUGCUCUGGCCGCUCUUUGCGUACACGUACCUCGAGCUGCUGCGCGCGGGUGCGCGCGAGCAGGCGGGCGGCUUUUUCGCGAGCUUCCACGCGGACCACGCGCUGAUGCGGCGCGACGAGCUGAACCAGCUGUCGCAGGUCUCGUCGGCCGAGCAGGUCGACGCGUCGGAGUUCGCGCGCCGCCUCCUCACCUCGCGGUACGAGGUGCGGCUCUCCGCCUUCUCGCGAGCGCUGCUCCUCGGCUUCGUGGCGGAGCGGCGGCUGCAGCUGACGCUGCGGAUGCUCAACGAGCGGAUCAAGCUCGCGCUCCCGGAGACGCUCGCGCCGAGCGACGGCGGGGGCCCCGCCGCCGUCGCCUUGGAGGACGACGUGCAUGGCGGCGCGCGGCUCUGGCGGCGGCCGCUCGGCGCGCUGCUCUGGUCGCAGCUCGACGACGCGCUGCUCGCGGACAAGUUCUCGGAGCCGGUGGACUGGUCUCCGCCCGCCGAUCUCGAGGCGACGCACGCCGAGCUGCUGCGCCAGAUCAAGGCGCGGCAGGGACACGCCGCGGGUCGAGAAGGAGGUUGUGCGGGAUGGGACGCGGCCGUUCGCGUGCUCCUGCUCAAGUCGCCCGCCGCGAAGAAGCAAAGGGCGGCCGGCGGCGCGGCGGGCAACGCGGGCAACGCGGCGGGCGGCGCGGCGGUCGGCGCGGCGGGCGCGGCGGGCGGCGCGGCGGGCGGCGGCGGGGCGGGCGGCGGGGCGAGCGGCGGGGCGAGCGGGGGCGGCGGAGGCGGGUCGGACCCGGCGGCGCCCGCGCGCAGCGAGGAGGAGGAGAAGGUGGCGGAGCGUGUCGCCGCGGAGGAGUCCGCGAGCAGCUACACGCUCCUCGGCCACUCCGGGCCGGUGUACGGCGUGUGCUGGUCCCGCGACGACAAGUUCCUCAUCUCAGCGUCGCAGGAUGGGUCGGCGAGGCUCUGGUCGGUGCUGCAGCGCGCGUGCGUCGUCCGGUACGCGGCCCACAGUGCGCCGGUCUGGAGCGUCGCGUUUGCCCCCCUCGGCGCCUACUUUGCCACGUGCAGCGGGGACCGGUCGCUGCGCGUGCGCCUCAUGCUCGGCCACGCUGGCGACGUGACUUGCACCGCCUUCCACCCCUCCGCCGCGAUCAUCGCUUCGGGCUCUGACGAUGCGGCGGUGCGCGUGUGGGAGGUUGCGAGUGGGCCGCUGCGGGGCGAGGAGGCGAAGGGGCGAUGCCUCCGCCUCCUCGCUAAGCGAGGCCACUCGGCGGCGGUGCGCGCCCUCGCCUUUUCGCCGGGCGGCGACUUGCUCGCGUCCGGGGGAGAAGACCGCGCGGUGCUGCUGUGGAGGCUCGCUUCGGGCGCCGCCGUGCGCAGGCUGCUGCUCCACACCAAGAGCGUGUGGGCACUCUCCUUCUCCGCCGAGGGGGCCCAGCUUGCCAGUGCGGGUGCGGACUGCGUCGUCGGUAUCUGGGACGUCGAGGCGGCGCUCAACCCGGGCGCGGCCGAGGGCGCGCAGUCGGAGAACGGCCCCGCCGCCGCAGAGGGCGAGGAGCCGUGGCUGCUCCGAACCUGGCACACCAAGUUCACGCCGGUGGUUGCGGCAGCCUACUCUCGGACCAACGUGCUCUUCUGCAUCGGAGGCUUCCAGCCGCCAGAGGGCUACGCGGCGGGCGGGCGGGCGAGCAAGGCGGCGGGCCGCUGACACGCGCCCGCGAGACAGCGUGCAGCGACGCACACCUCGCCCUCGCACAGAGCGGUACGCCGUACGGCUUUACCGAGACAGACGUCACUCGUCAGAGCG